GAUAAUGACGAAUCCUUCAGUCGAACAAAAUUUGCUCAAAGAAAUCAAUUCGCUCGUUACACUCACAAAUCCCUUUCCCGAAUAUGAUAGUAUUAAUAAUCUUCCAUAUUCGCUGGCAACAUUAAACGAACCAUUACGAUUGCAUCCAGCUGUGCUGCGUAAUUUCAAGACUGUAGUAGAAGACGAUAUUUUACCCGGAGGUGUUCCGGUAUACUCUGGCGAUAUGUUAUUUUGGGUUCCAUACUCAAUGGGAAGAGACGAAAAUGUUGACGAAUUUAAACCUACGCGGUUCUUGAAAUCGGGUAAAUUUGUUAUGCAAAGUCUGUACAAGUUAAUCGCGUUUAACGCUGGACCACGAGUAUG